AUGGCUUCCGCUGGCCUCGAGAUCCUGGGCAUAAUCCUGGCCGUGGCUGGCUGGCUGGGCUCUAUGGUGGCCUGCUGCUUGCCCAUGUGGCGUGUGGCGGCAUACGUGGGCCAGAACAUCGUGAUCACGCAGGUGGUUUGGGAGGGCCUGUGGAUGAGCUGCGUGGUACAGAGUACGGGACAGAUGCACUGCCAGAUCUAUGACUCCAUGUUAGCUUUGUCCAGUGACCUGCAGGCAUCCAGAGCCCUGGUUGUCAUUGCUGUGUUCGUCGGCGUUGUGGCCAUGGCACUGUCUGUGGCGGGAGCCAAGUGCACCAAUUGCACGUCAGAUCCGACCAACAAGCCACGCAUCAUGCUAGGCGCAGGAGCGGCGUUUGCAAGCACUGGGCUGCUGCUUCUUAUAGCCGUGUGCUGGACGGCAUACACCAUCGUCCUGGACUUUCAUGACCCCAUGCUGCAGGACACACAGAAGAGGGAGUUUGGUAACUCACUGUAUUUUGGCUGGGGAGCGUCCUGUGUGCUCAUCCUAGGGGGAGCCAUACUUUCAUGUUCUUGUAAUUCCAGAGCGACUAAAGACGCUGGGUCUGCUGGAGCGCAGUACUCAGUGGUGAAGUCAGUGGCUGCAAAUGGGUACUGCAGAAGGGACUAUGUUUGAUGUUUGAGGUUGCCAGAUGAAGCGAAGACCAUACACUUGCAUUUAAAGACAAUUAAGACUGUCUUGGGACUAUACUGGAUGAAAGAGUGUGUAAAGUGUCAAUCUGUGAUGUAGAGAGGAACAAUAAAGGUAGCAUUUGGCAUUGAUGUCAUGUAGAGUAUGUCUUCUGGAGCUGAAAUAGACAUUUCAAUGUGUAAUAACCUUUGUCACAUUUGAUUUAAGCAUUUAAACAGAUAGGUCAUGCAAAAAUAUAGGUUUAAAAAAUUAUACCUGAUAAGUGUACAACAAGGCUAUGCAUUAGGUCCAAUUAUGAUGCUAUUCUUUGUUAUGAAAUUUACAUGUAGGUUAUUAGUAUGCAUUCAUAAACUGGUGGGUAUGG